CAGGCGAUCACACUUGUUACUGACAAAGGGAAAAGCGCCUUCUCCGGUGUAGAGUGGCCAGGUGUUAAAGGCCUCGUCGGAGGAACGCUCUCUUAUAAAUACAGCUUGCCUAAGCCUAACCUCCGCCUCCUCCUUCGCUUCUGCAAACUGGCACAAACCUCCCUUGCGCUCCGCCCUUGAGGAAGCCUAAUCCUUGCGCUCGCUUCCAUUCCCUACGCGUUCCUCCGCUUCUUGCUGUGUUCUUCAAUUCGCUUCCUCGAUCCGCAGUGCGGAUGGCCUUAUCCCAGAUCGCUUCACGAUUCAGUUUCGCAGCCAAUUGCGAUCUAUUUCGGACAAAGUAUUCCGGGCUUCCAGUUGGUAUGGGAGGAAGACGUGCUCUUUUUAGCCAUCCGGUGAGCUUGAGCUUGAGGGUUUCUUCUGAUUCGAGGAGGAUGGAGUCUUUGGUGAGCAAUGCCAGUGUCGUGGGCGCUGCCGAGGUGGGGACCGUGGUCAUCGAGGGGCCGGGGUUGGCUCCCUCUCAUGUACUCGCUGGCGGCCCUUUGCCGCUUGGUGCCACGGCUUGCGAUGGAGGUGUCAAUUUUGCUAUUUACUCUAGCUGCGCCACGGCGGCAGUAUUGUGCCUUUUCACGAUCUCCGAUCUGAAGACUAACAGAGUAACGGAGGAGGUUGUCCUUGACCCUUUGGUAAAUAAGACUGGGGAUGUUUGGCAUGUUUUUCUUCAAGGGGAAUUUGAAAACAUGUUGUAUGGCUACAAGUUUGAUGGGAAGCGUUCUCCUGAAAAAGGCCAUUACUUUGAUUUUUCCCGGAUUCUGUUGGAUCCUUAUGCUAAGGCAGUGAUAAGCAGAGAAGAAUAUGGAAUCCCAGGACCUGGAGGUGAUUGUUGGCCCCAGAUGGCAGGCAUGAUACCAGUUUUGAAGAAUGAAGUAUGCAUAAAUUUUGAUUGGGAGGGAGAUAUGCCUCUUCAGUACCCUCAAAAGGAUCUUAUAAUAUACGAAAUGCAUCUACGUGGCUUUACAAUGCAUGACUCUAGUGAGAUAGAUUCUCGUGGGACAUACUUAGGUGCAAUAAGGAAGCUGGAUUAUUUGAAGGAACUAGGAAUCAACUGUAUAGAACUAAUGCCAUGCCAGGAAUUCAAUGAGCUGGAGUAUUUCAGCCACAAUUCUGUUCUUGGUGAGAACAAGUUGAAUUUCUGGGGUUACUCUACAAUAAAUUACUUUUCACCUAUGAUAAGAUACUCAUCAGUUGGUGCAAGUAACUGUGGCCUUGAUGCAAUAAAUGAAUUCAAGACUUUUGUUAGGGAAGCUCAUAAGCGAGGAAUUGAGGUACUGUUGGAUGUGGUUUUCAAUCAUACAGCAGAAGGGAAUGAGAAUGGUCCUAUAUUUUCAUUCAGGGGCAUUGACAACAGCACAUAUUAUAUGCUUGCUCCAAAGGGUGAGUUUUACAACUAUUCAGGUUGUGGCAAUACCUUCAACUGUAAUCAUCCAGUGGUUCGUCAAUUUAUAAUCGAUUGUUUAAGAUAUUGGGCUACAGAAAUGCAUAUUGAUGGAUUUCGGUUUGAUCUUGCAUCAAUUAUGACCAGAGGUUGCAGCCUAUGUGAUCCAGUAAAUGUUUUUGGAAAACCAAUAGAAGGGGAUAUGCUGACAACUGGAGCUCCCCUUAAUAGUCCUUCACUCAUUGAAAUGAUCAGCAAUGAUCCAAUUCUUUCCAAAGUCAAGUUAAUUGCCGAAGCAUGGGAUGCUGGUGGUCUUUAUCAAGUUGGUAGUUUUCCACAUUUUGGUAUUUGGUCCGAGUGGAAUGGGAAGUAUCGUGACAUAGUCAGGCAAUUCAUCAAAGGUACAGAUGGAUUUUCUGGAGCUUUUGCACAAUGCCUUUGUGGAAGUCCCGAUUUAUACCAGGAAGGGGGUAGAAAACCUUGUAAUAGUAUCAAUUUCAUAUGUGCACAUGAUGGAUUUACAUUGGCUGAUCUGGUGACGUAUAAUAACAAGUAUAAUAUGCCAAAUGGUGAAGACAAUAGAGAUGGGGAGAAUCAUAACCUUAGCUGGAAUUGUGGAGAGGAGGGUGAGUUUGUAAGUAUAAGUGUUAGAAGACUAAGGAAAAGACAAAUGCGGAAUUUCUUUCUAUCCCUUAUGGUCUCUCAAGGAACUCCAAUGAUUUGUAUGGGCGACGAGUAUGGUCAUACAAAAGGAGGCAACAACAACACGUAUUGCCACGACAAUUACCUUAACUACUUUCGUUGGGAUAGAAAGGAGGAAUCCUCAGAUUUCUACCGUUUCUGCUGCCUAAUGAUCAAGUUUCGUCAUGGAUGUGAAUCGUUUGGUCUUGAUAAAUUUCCAACGGCAGAACGACUCCAGUGGCAUGGCCACCAUCCUGGGAUGCCUGAUUGGUCUGAAACCAGUAGAUUCGUUGCCUUCUCUAUGACUGAUGAAAUGAAGGGAGAGAUCUAUGUGGCCUUCAACACGAGCCAUCUUCCGGUAACAGUUAGUCUACCCAUCCGACCAGGCUUCCAGUGGGAACCUCUGGUGGACACAGGUAAGUUCUCGCCAUAUGACUUCCUCUCAGAUGAUCUACCAGACAGAGCCAUCGCCACCAAACUGUACGCCCACUUCUUGGACUCGAACGUUUAUCCAAUGCUUAGAUAUUCCUCUGUAGUGUUGUUACUCCGACCUGAUGCUUGACCAUGGUUCAACAUAGUAGUGGUCCAUGAAGGCUGGAGUCAUCGUUCAUGUAGAUAGUCUAGUCUUCCUGCUUGAUAAAAAGAUUUCGUGGGUGUCAUAUUCAUGUUCUUGUGACAACAAAUUAAUGCCGACAGAGAAAAAAUGCUGCAAUUUUGCACAAUUAUAUCCA